AUGUACGAUCUUCCACAGUGCCUGCCAUUUGGAGCUUGUACUGCUCCAUGUAAAUCUUGGGAAUUUAAUAAAAAUACAAUUUUUUACUUUACAUUAGAACGCAGGGCUUACAAUCCCUUAACUACACACUAUGUAAUUUUGGAAGUAGUAUGUUCAUAUAAUGUGGGAAAUUCAAGACACAUUGGUGUCCAAAAAGCAAUAGAAUCAAAAGCAAUCCUGUUUAUAUGUGGAGAAUUAUACAAAGGAAAUAACAUGGUUCAAAUUUUGACUUCAGAAAUUGAAUGGAACCAUACUUACUCGAUAAAUAAAAAUGAUUUGUCCUUGGAAAAUGCAAGUAAUAACAGUAAAAAGCGAAAUCAACUUCUAAUGAGCUACGAAGAUAGGUAUCAGAACAAAAAACCUAAAAUGCAGCAAACCAAAGUAAUAGUUAAUGAAAAUAAUAAUCAUUUCGAAGAAAAAAAUCCUACUAAUGUAGACGAAAAUAAAAACCAAAAUGAAAUCAAGGAUAAUACUAAUUCAAAAUCUAACAUACUAAAAUCAGUUAUGAAAAAAAUGAUGAAAAAAUAA